AUGUGCUCACCAUUAGAGGAGGUCAAGACUAUACCGAAGACCCGUGGUGGUGGCACUUUUAGCGACCCCGGUACCAUAAAUCUACAUGGCAAUGACUUCUCAUGGGAAGAGAAAAUGGAAGAGCUGUCUAGUGAUGAACGUAAGUUGGUGGAUGAAUAUCUUUGUAGGUGUCAAGAGGAAGUACGACAAUUGGAUCUGGAGAAUUUGGAAUUUCCUAUAACCGUUUGUGAAACAGAAGGGAACUCUUGGGAUUCACAUUACAAGGUGAAUAAGCGACAUUUUCCUCUAAAGAAUUAUAUUGUUCUUGCAUUUCCAUUGCUAAAAAGUAUUUGUUCUUCUCAAAGUCAAAAUGAAUGUAAAUAUAUUGUUGAAUGUGGUUGUGGUACAGGUAGUACACUUUUGCCCUUGAUGAGGCAAUUUAAAGAUAAUAUACAUUUUGUUGGAUUCGAUGUGUCUCAUAGCGCUGUUUCUACACUUUUAGAACAUCCAAUAGCUAGGGAAUUUACUGGUCAGGGUUCCCUUACAGCUUUCCCUUACGAUAUUUCUGGUGUUGGUACAUUGUCUUCAGAUGAACCAGAAAAAGUGCGUGCUAGGAAAGAAUACAGAGACCUAAAGGGUACCUUGGUAGAGAAAGUCCCAGGUUGUAAUGUUGGUGUAAAUGGUGUUAUUCUUGUUUUUGUUCUUUCUUCACUCCCGUCGUUUAAAUCAAUGUUGUAUGCCUUGAAAGAACUUGGAAGUGUUCUCAAGAAUGAUGGUUUACUUUUUUUUCGUGACUACGCUGUCCCAGAUCACAAUUUAUUCCGUUUUGUUAAACAAAGCAAUCCGACAACAAAUAGCCUAAGCUUUUGUAAAGGUGAUGGUACUCUGCAAAUGUUCUUUGAAAUUAACUUUACAAGAGAAUUGUUUAGACUAGCAGGUUUUGAAGAAGUUGACGGUCAGGGUUUGCAGUAUCAUUGUAACCGUAUAGUAAACCGAAAAAAUGGCAAGAAAAUGGACAAGGUAUUUAUUAAUGGAACUUUUAAGCUUUCAACUUCUUGUUCUUCCGAUUAA